AGAACUGCCCCAUAGGGUCCCUGUCUAGUGCUCUAAUUAGAACGCUGUGUCAGGUGGCGGUCUGAAAGGCCCAGGUGUUCUGCUUUCAGCGACAGAUGAAGGGGGGGGACAACUGAGCGGAGGCGUUUCCGGUGCUUCGCGGUUGCCAUAGAAACCGACAUAAAGAUGGCGACCGUGACGACUUUUCAAUAGAGAAGGACAAGACCCGGUAAGAGGAGCAGGUUCCCGCCAUCAGGUGUUUGGGACUCAGCAGAGGAGGUCCUCCUACAGCUCCAGCUCCUUGCGGAUUCUCCGGCUUCUCCUCUCCCGCCUUCUGAUCCACCGUUUUCCCCGCCGCAGUCUGACCAUUUAUUUUUUAAAUCUUUUUUUCUUCUAUAGGAGGAGGACUCUCCUUUGGUAGGGAGGUGGACAUCUCCUGAGGACCCCCACUGUGUGGGCAGCCUUACAUAGAUGUCUGUAGGGAGCCGUUCUCUUGGAACUUAAGAAAGAAGACAGAGUAUUAACUUGGAUCCAAGAUCUGCCUGUGGAUCUGCUGUAGAGCUUGUCAACUUUGGAAGCAAGGAAGGAGGGGAGAAUCGCACCGGAUCAGUGCAGGUUGGCGUGAGAAUGAGGCCUGCCUGGGUAGACCUGUAGGGGAGUGUUUGGUGUACACCAGCAUGGGGUCAGAAGGGCUGGGUGCUCCUUAGCCUCUCUUGCUCUCAUCUCAGCAAGCUUUCCCACGGUCCAUGCUCCUGUUUGAUGCAGAGGAAAGAGUGUGUAGGGCCUGGGCAGGGUAUUGUUUGGGAGUAGUGAGAGAGUGGAAGGGAUAAAAUGAGGACGCAGGUUUUCUACUGAUCGACUUGUACCACACAGUCAGUCUCUGCUCUUUCUUUCACGUCUCUCUAUAUGACUUUGUGCAUAGAGCAGUACAGUGGGAAGAGACUCAGAGACCCGUUUCAUUCUUCCAACUCAGGUCCAUCUGCAGUGCUGGCUGUGGUGGCCUUGGAGUGGCAGAAGACCAUCCCUCUGAGCAGGUCUGCACCCAGGAGCCGUCAUCUUCCUCCAGCCUGAGUGUGCCUCUGCCCUCUGUCUGUAUCAUUAACAGAGGCUGUGUGUCACGGACUCUGUGACUGUUGAGCCAGCAAUUGACUCUGACUGUUCCUUCCAAGGCUAUAGCCUGACCCAGUGAAAGAGUGUUAAGGCACUGACCUGAGACAACUUGAGUUCUAAGGCCGAUAUUGAAUAGGGCUACAUAACGAGACUUCAGGCAUGCCUGAGAAUAAGAGUGGAACCCAUGCUAAAACUAGGAAGGGGACUGGCGUAAAGGCUGAAGCAGAGAGGGAGGCUACUGGAAUAGACAAGGCCAAGGCAGGGUUUGAGACAGAUGCAGUAGCAGAGACUAAGGUUGCUACUGAGAUGAAGACAAGAGCCCUGUCAGAGCCUAUGGCUCUGGUCAAAGGCGUGGCUAAGGCCAUGCCUAGAUCCUGGGCCAGGUCAGGGGAGGAGAUGAAUACAGACUUUGGUCCCAGGGCUGAGGAUGAGGCCGCUGUGGUAUCUGGUUUUUCUUGUGUGGCUGAGGAGAGUGCUGCAUCUGGGGCCACACACAAAGAUGAGACUGAUACUGAUGCCUGGUUCUGGGCUGGGGAAGAGGCUAGUAUCGGUUCCUGGUUCUGGAACGGGGAAGAGGCUGGUGGUGAUCAGACAAACGCUAAGGACGAAGGUGAAACUGAUAUUGGUGCCUCAAUCAAUACUGAGGAGUUGGGAAUAGAGGCUGCUACUGGGGCCAGCUGGAAGCCUAGGCCAGGGGCGGAGGAGGAGGAGGAGGACGAAGAGGAGGAGGGGGAGGAGGACGAAGAGGAGGAGGGGGAGGAGGACGAAGAGGAGGAGGGGGAGGAGGACGAAGAGGAGGAGUGGGAGGACUACGAAGAGGAGGAGGAGGAGGAGAGGAAAGUCAUUAUUUGGAAGUGGUUCUGGGAUGGAGAUAAAAUUAGUUUUGACCCUAAUCCUAGACCCUUGUACAGGACAGUUAGGCCCUGGGUGACGUGUGAAAUUGAUGAAAGAAAUAGGCCCAAGGACUGGUCUGAGGUAACUAUCUGGCCCAACGGCCCUGCUGAAAUUCCGGCAUCGUUGGCAUCUGGAUACCAGGUCCCGUCGAGGACAAGGCCUCUUUCAUGUACUGCCCAGUCCUCAGCUGAGAAAAACACGGGUUCCCUGCCUGUGGCAGAAGCCGGUCUUCGUGAGGGCACUUCCAUAUGCCUGCAGUCUAUAGACGCGUACCCAUUUGAUUCUGAGACUUGCACUCAGGCCAUAGAGAAGAUCAGAGGGCAGAUCAGGAUCAGGGAGCUGAAUGGGAUUAGGCCAUUUCCUUGCCCUUGCAAAAUGGAAUGCCGCCUGAAUUCUGAGGACUUUGAAAAACUUGUUAGCUUACUUAAGUCAAAUGCUGAUCCUGUCAUUCAUAAAAUAGCUCAAAUUGCGAUGGGUGUCAUCAAGGUUCAUCCCCUUGCCCAACAGCUCAUUAAUGAGAUGGGUGUGCUGACUGUUAUUGAAAGCUUGCUCCAUUUUCGAUUGCCAAACGUGACAAGAAAGACUGAAAUUACUCUGAAUCCCAUUUCUGUGGAGGAAAGACAACGCAGGAAUAUAAUACAUGUUGUGCAUAUGUGUAAGGAAACCGUGUCUUUUCCCUUGAACUCACCUGGUCAGCGAUCUGGAUUAAAGGAAUUAGGGCAGCUGAGUGCUGACCGUAACCAUCACUUCAUUGUUGCCGCUUACCUUCCAGAGCUUUCCCGUAUGCUAUCCCUGGGAAAUCAUAAAACCAGAAAUCUGGUUUUGAAAGUACUUUUGAAUAUGUCUGAAAAUCCCAUUGCAGCAAGAGACAUGAUGAAUAUUGAGGUAUUGUCAGCAUUAAAACUCAUCUUUCACCAGAAAGAGGCAAAAGCCAAUCUUGUUACUGCCGUGGCCAUAUUUGUUAAUAUAAAGGAGCAUAUCAGAAGGGGAUCGAUUGUAGUUGUUAAUCCCGUGAGUUAUAAUGAACUCAAGGCCGUGUUCCGUGAAGCUAAAACGAUUAUUGAAAAAUUGUAAAAUGAGCCAGAAAUAAAAGAGAAAACUUGGAACAAUCUCCAAACUUUAAUAGGCUGUAUGUUCCCAAAGAGCCUUGCAUAAUGCUGUGCUUAUCACCAUGUGCACGUUAUAAAUUGCAUCUUUAACAUGAUGUUACUUGUGACAGCCUCUGGGUUUGAGCUAGAUCAUAUUUGGAUAUCAAAUGAAUAUUACCAAUUGUAAACGUUCACUUGAAGCUCAAUAAAAGUUAAAAAAAAAAUGAAUAUUACCCCUUGAGCCGAAAAUACCUGUUGAUCUUCAUCCUGUCUAGUUUGGAAGAUGUGUAGCAUCUUCCAUAAGGAGAUCAUCAACCAACAUUGGAAGUAAGCUAGCUUGUUCAUUAGUAUCUACAGAGAUCCAUUUGUGGCUUCACGUGGCAAAAAAUGAAAAGCAAAGCACAACAAAAGAAAAAAAAACCCUUGAGUUUAUAGUCUAGUUGCAGAAAUAAGGCAUAUACACACAGAAAUAUAAGCGCCAGUACCGACAGCGUAUAUAUGCUCGUAGCCAAACGUGCCCUCUUGAUCCUUAAAGGAAGCAGGGAUUGCUACAGUGUAGACUGUUUAAUGUAAAAGGAAUAACUGUUUUCCCUAUUCCACCUGCAUCACACAACUCAUUCUACAACACAUAAACGGACCUGAGUCUCAGUCAAAAGGUCAUGUUAGUUUAUUUAAUUUUUUAUCUCGGUACCACAUUUGGAGUUCUCAUAUUGUCAGGCUAUUUGGUUUAUGUCAGUGUCAUCUCUUACAGAAAGAAAGGAAGGAGGUUUACAGGGGAAACAUUCCCCGAGUGCCUACUCUACGUCAGACACUGUUGGCACCACAUUUUACAGGUUUUUUUUUUUUUUCUGUCUCUUUCUCCCGAUGAUCCUGUUGGAUAGGCUACUAGUGUUUCUUUUUAUUCUAAGUCAUUAAUCUGGGUACUCUCCAAUGAGAAUCCGAGGGGUUUAAUUUUUUCCUACAUUCCCACAGCUGGCAGGUGCCAUAGCUGUUUUUCUGGUAAUCAUGUUUGUCUGAUACCGAAACCCACUCUCACCACACUGCCUUACAGUCCCCCUUCACUUUUUCCCAUGGUGGUCUUCAAGGCUCAGGGACUAUUUGGUUUUAAUGGCUCAAUUCUGCUGUGGAUGAUGUCCCUGCCGGGCUUGCAAUUCUUAACAUUUAAAUUUCUCCAAUCUGGCCAUGUCAGUUAGGCUUUUGGCUCCACCUGGCUGGAGGUCAGGAGAAAAGUCUGGGAUGAAUAGAUGGAUUUGGCCCAACAGUCGACCCAGAACGGCAGCUGUUGCAACCCAUAAGAUGGUGAUUUCUGAAAGACUGUAUGGUCCAGAAAGUAUUCCCAGGAGUUUGGCCUGUGGCUGAGUUCUGUAAGUCUUAUGGCAGGAAGUACAACCCAUGGCCUGAGCUAAAGAGAAAGAUUCUGUGUGUGAAAGUAUCGGGUUAUACGCUUUAAGACUUUUACACAGUUAAACGAAAUCAUGCUCUCAGUGCUGUUUGUAACAUGCUUUUUCCCUAGCAGUAUAUUGUGAAGAUCUUUCCAUGUCAAUAAACGUAGUUCUAAAGCAUAUUUUCGAAUCGUGUAAUAUUUUGGUAUAUAGUGUCCCGAUUUUUUCUUUGCAUAUUUUCUUAUACACAUAUGUACACAUUUAUUCUUUUGCAAAAAUGGGAGAGUGGUAUUCUGCAACUUGCCUUUUCCUCGUCAUUAUUUUCCUAAUUCAUUAUUGUAGAGAUCUGUCACAUGCUUUUUAUUAAGAGCUUCAUUGAGGUAUAACUGACAGACACCAAACUGCACGUAUUUGGUAAGUUUAGAGAUACGUAUCCAUGCAUGUCACCAUCACCACAAUCAAGAUAGUCAUCAUAUCUGUCUCCCCCCAACAGCUACUUCCUGCC